AUGGAGAAGUACAGACAUCCCUGCAUGCGGCUCGCCCUAAACCUCGGCUACCAGUCUCAAGGAACUAUGUUCAGCGCCCGCACAUUCAAGACUUCCUCACAGAGAAACUUCUCCGAUCCUGUUCCUCAUACAUACAGCCUCGAUGUGUAUUACAUGGCCUUGGCGGUAGCGGGAAAACACAGAUUGCGUCAUUCUGGAUUGAAGCAAAUAAAGACAAGUAGCAGCCAGAAACAAAUCGAGGCAGAUCUGGAAACUGCGAUCAAGUCGGUUGGCCCCGAAUGGAAUAAAGCGACAUGGAAAGAUGCAGUAGCUUACCUAUCUACGGAGAAGGGAUGGCUACUCUUCUUUGAUAAUGCAGAUGCAUCGGACCUUCGCCUCGAAGAUUACCUCCCGUCCUCCACAUCUGGAGCAAUUCUCAUAACAACAAGGAAUUGGCAUUAUACGAGCUAUGCCUCAGGCAGUCACAUACAAGUUGGCGAGAUGUCAGAGACAGAAGCCGUAGAGCUUCUCCACAAGGUUGGAAAUGUCCAGCCAUCAUCGAAUGGUACAUCUGUGGCUAUUGUGAAGGACCUAGGAAUGUUGGCAGUUGCAAUCACUCAAGCAGGAGCAUAUGUUUUCAAAACAGGAGAACUCGAUAACUAUUUGAAUAUCUUUCGAAAGCAUCGAGCCGAGCUCAUGCGGGAGCCAUCCCUUAAAGGAAGAAACUACGAUGGGUCCACAUACACCACCUUUGAUAUGUCAUUUGGGCUACUGCCCCCGAAUGCGCAAGAGUUUAUGAAGAUCUGCGCGUUUGUUCACCAUUCUCAUAUCCCACAAGCACUCUUCCAGAAAUCUAUCGACAAUCAUUUCGAAUCUUGCUUCGAUUUACCGGGGUAUCCAACGAUGCCUGCAAUGGAGAACCUCAUCUCGGGUCUCAAAGGGAUCUUCGGAUUGGCAUGGGAUGACUUCGUAUUCCAGAGGCUGAUCGAUCCUAUUUUGCAAGGCUCGUUAAUCGAUAGGUCCACCGACCAUCACGAACAGGUCUUCUACAACAUCCAUCCCCUCCUUCAAACCUAUAUCCAAGAUCUCCUUGUUCCAACCGAUCAAGAUCGUUAUGUGCUCUUAACUGGGCAGGUACUUCUCGGUGGUAUACGGCCCUCAGAGCAUGACAACAAGUGGUAUCGCGAGUUGUUGCCACAUAUAGACAACUUGCCGGUCAGAGUCAAACAGGCACACAUAUCUCAUGCAUGGGCAUUUGCAGAAGUAUAUAGAUCGACUGGAAGGUGGCGUGCCAGCCUUGGGCUGUGGAAAUAUUGCGAUAUUCACACUAGUGAAACUUUUGGACAUCGUGAUUAUAGAUCAAUCUUCAUGAAGGCUGAACUUGGAGCUAUACUAGAUAGAUGUGGCGAGCUUGAAGAAGCUGAAAGAACCAAGCGUGGGGUUCUGGAGCUUCGAAAAGCGGUCCUAGGGCCACGACACCUUGAUACAAUUCAGGCGAUGCAUAGUCUUGCAUACACACUCUAUGGCGGUGGCCAAUUCGAAGAGGCCGAGCGUAUGGGACGGGAGGUCCUGGAGCUUCAAAAACAGAUCCUAGGACCACAGCAUCCCGAUACAGUUCAAGUAAUGCAUAACCUUGCACCCACAUUUCAUGAUCGUGGUCAAUUCGAAGAGGCCGAGCGUAUGGGACGGGGGGUCCUGGAACUUCGAAAACAGAUCCUAGGACCAGAGCAUCCCGAUACAAUUCAAGCAAUGGAUAACCUUGCACACACACUCUAUGUCCGUGGUCAAUUACAAGAGGCCGAGCGUAUGGGACGGGAGGUCCUGGAGCUUCUAAAAGAGAUCCUAGGACCAGAGCAUCCCAAUACAAUUCAAGCAAUGGAUAACCUUGCAUACACACUCUAUGACCGUGGUCAAUUACAAGAGGCCGAGCAUAUAAGGCGAGAGGUCCUACAACUUCGAAAACGGAUCUUAGGACCACUUCAUCCUUCUACAAUCUGGGCGAUGGGUAGUCUUGCGGACGUACUCAGCAGUCGUGAUCAACUAAAAGAAGCCGAAACGAUAAAACGAGAGGUUCUGGAACUUCUGGAACAGAUCCUAGGACCACAUCAUCCCGAUACAAAUCACGCAAUGCAUAGCCUUGCAUCCACAUUCCGUGCCCGUGGUCAAUUAGAAGAAGCCGAGCGUAUGGGACGGGAGGUCCUGGAGCUUCGAAAAGAUAUUCUAGGACCAUUGCAUCCCUAUACAAUUCAAGCAAUGGAUAGCCUUACAUCUACGUUCCGUGCCCGUGGUCAAUUACAAGAGGCCGAGCGUAUGGGACGGGGGGUCCUGGAGCUUCGAAAACAGAUCCUAGGACCAGAGCAUCCCAAUACAAUUCAAGCAAUGGAUAACCUUGCAUACACACUCUAUGACCGUGGUCAAUUACAAGAGGCCGAGCAUAUAAGGCGAGAGGUCCUACAACUUCGAAAACGGAUCUUAGGACCACUUCAUCCUUCUACAAUCUGGGCGAUGGGUAGUCUUGCGGACGUACUCAGCAGUCGUGAUCAACUAAAAGAAGCCGAAACGAUAGAACGAGAGGCUCUGGAACUUCGAAAAACAGAAGAAGCUGAGCGUAUGGGACGGGAGGUCCUGGAGCUUCGAAAAGAUAUUCUAGGACCAUGGUAUCCCGAUACAAUCUGGGCGAUGCAUAACCUUGCACCCACACUCGGUAGGCUUUUUCAAUUGAAAGAGGCCGAGGAGAUGAUGCAGGAGGUCGUAGUUCUUCGAAAAGAGGUGCUAGGAGACCAAGACCCUGAUACGACCAAGGCAAUCGACGAUCUUGCUUGGGCAAGAACCCGACGGUAUGAGUAUAUAACAACUUACAUGGAGGACAAUCCUGGAAUGGGACGGAGUACGUGUAUCAAGUUCGAAGAGGUCGAAAGGCUUGAGCGAGGUAUUCUGAAGCUCCAAGAGAAGGGUCUAGGACAAUGGAGUGCAGCCAGUCUGCAAUGGAGGAACCCGCAUUUAGGUAAUCCAGCGAGAACGCUCAUAAGGAAGCCGUGGAUGAAACUGUGGAUAGAGUUCUAUUGUACAUAA